AUGAACACCCAACGCGCCGAGUACAUGAUGCUGCCCCCACUGCAGCCCACCUACGACGAGAAUGGCGAGCUCGCCGAGACGGUCACCUUCAACGCCUCUCUCAUGAAUGAACGCAGCGGCGAUGGCUCCGUCUCCAACGAGGACCUCGAGUCCCAAUCCGCCGUCGUGCGCGUCGUUCUGUUCCCUCUCGUCGUCAAGAAGGGCGACGACACGGGCGACGGCGACGAGGAAAUCGUCGUCUGCCCCGCCCAGGUUCUUGUCGCCCGCAACCACGACAAGCGCCGCUCCCUCUCGGGCAACGCCGGCCGUCUGCUGACGCCCUCAAGCGACGCCGGCGGGGCCGCCCUGUCCUACACGAACCGCAGCGACAUCAGCAUGCGCACCGACGGCACCUACAACCCGCAGCAGGCUCGCACCCCCGAGGCCGAGUACUUUGCCGGCGGCAUCUGA